AUGGUUAGUAACGCAGAGCUCCGCUAUUCUUCCGACAGGAAGAAGAUUGCCGACACUCUUAAAUACUCCGGGCCGGCGGUUAAAGGAAUUGCUGCGUUCGGUCCCACGCUCGCUAUAUAUGGCCAAAUCAACGGAUACGUCAAUAUUCUCGGAGAGGCGAAAGCGGGUGCGAGAGUCACCUUCGAUAGAUCACGCUUGUUUUGGCCGCAGGAUAGCAGUGACGUUGAAAAGUACGACGAAAUUCUGAACCUCGGCCUGACUGAAGAGCCCAAGAAGCCCAAUGGACUCCACGUGACACCAACCUUUGAAGCCGGCGUCCAAGUCAAGACCCAAAUUGAUGUCAUUUUACAAUCAGAGGCCAAUAUCGGUAUCCGCAUCGGCGGCGGCUCCUACACUGCCAGCAGUACUUUGAUUAAUGCCUAA